AGCCAGACUACUUGGCGGAAUAGUUACAUCAUACUCGUAUAACCAGCAACUGCUACCAUUGCUCCUUGGAUCACAACGCUCCUUACACUUUCGCCUCCUUCCGUCCCACAAUCUUGUUACGCGGUACGCAGAGAGCGAUAUGGAAGGCAAAGCCUCGUCUUUGAGGUGGACGAUCAUUGGGCUUCUCUGCCUCGCAGUAUAUCAGGGCAUGGAGGUUGCGUCCAAACUGCGAACUCUGCGGAUCCUUCAUCCCGUGAAGAAUCCAGAGGCAGUCUCGUACAGCUACAUCGGUGAUGAUUAUCCCAAGGAGCUGCCUCUACGAGUCAAUCAGGUCGCAAUGAACGCCGAAUGGCUCGACGACGAAGUCUACGGGCCUUACGCAGACGAAGACUGGGCAUCCAACUUCCCCAAAAGCAACGGAUGGGUUGCACUCGGUCCAAACCACGACAUGUUCGUUCUGUCCAUGUUCCAUCAGCUGCAUUGUCUCGAUGCAUUGCGGUUUGGAUACGUGACUGCGAAGGCAAGAGUCCUCGACUUUCCCGGGAACGGCACGGGCGUCGAGCACCAUGUCAAUCAUUGCCUGACCUAUCUUCGAGAGAUGAUUCUCUGCGCGGGCGAUAUGACGCUCGAAACAUCGGUGCCGACCAUCAAUUCCAUCGGCCAGCCGGAUAACGCUGCUACAGGCCUCGAUAUCCUGCACAAAUGUCGCGAUUGGACUCAGAUACGGGAUUAUCUUGACGAGAAUUACGAAGAGAGGCAGAAGUGGAAGGCAGAGGGAGGCAACUCGACGUCGAUGUACCCGUGACGGGCUGGAGGAUGGAGGGGUAUGUUUCGGUCGAUAUAUGCGUCUUUUUCCAUUGGUGCUGCUUGCUUCGAAUACUCGGGCGAUAUGCGAGUCUGUUCUAUCCAGGUUGUAUCAACCGGGGGCUGGCCGUUCUGAAUGUUGCUCGACAGUGCUUCGGAAACAAGGAAACCUUGAUCAAGCC